CUCCUCCCUUCCCGCGCUGUAACAUCCAGGCUCUCAACAGGGGCAUAGCCACCGUCAAGGAGGACACGGUGGAGAUGCUGGCCAGCUAUGGCUUGGCUUACUCCCUGAUGAAGUUCUUCACUGGUCCCAUGAGCGACUUCAAGAACGUGGGCUUGGUGUUUGUUAACAGCAGGCGCGACCGGAGGAAGGCUGUGCUCUGCAUGCUGACAGCUGGAGUCAUCGCUUUCACCCUCCACAUCUUGAUAGCUUACACAGAUUUGGGAUAUUACAUUAUCAAUAAACUCCACCAUGUGGAUGAACCUGUUGGGAAAAAGACAAGAAAGGCGUUCUUAUACCUCGCUGCAUUCCCUUUGUUGGAUGCAAUGGCAUGGAUCCAUGCAGGCAUCCUCCUUAAGCACAAAUACAGCGUCAUUGUGGGCUCUGCCUCCAUCUCUGAUGUUGUGGCUCAGAUUGUGUUCGUGUCUAUUUUCCUGCACAGUAACUUGGAAUGUGUGGAGCCGCUGCUCAUUCCGAUCCUUUCACUCUACAUGGGUGCUAUGGUCCGCUUCAGCAUCGUCGGUAUCGGCUACUACUGCAACAUUCAUGACAUCAUCCCAGAGUCCAGCGGGCUCGACGUUGGGGGUGACGCUACAAUCAAAAAGAUGCUGAGCUUCUGGUGGCCUCUGGCCCUCAUCCUGGCCACGCAGCGCAUCAGUCGACCCAUCGUCAAUCUCUUUGUGUCCCGAGACCUCAAGGGGUCCGAAGAUGCCACGAAGGCCGUGGCCGUGCUCACAGCCACAUACCCUGUAGGUCACAUGCCCUACGGCUGGUUAACCGAGCUUAGAGCAGUUUACCCUGCCUUUGACAAGAACAAUCCAAGCAACAAGAUGAACGCUGGCAGCCCGGUGAACAAGACGCACAUUAAAAAGUUUACCUUCUGCUGUUUGGCCCUGUCGCUCACGCUUUGUUUCGUGCUGUUCUGGAGCCCACAUGUGUCUGAGAAGAUCCUGGUGGACAUCAUCGGAGUGGAGUACACCUUUGCUGCGCUCUGCGUGGUGCCGCUGCGGAUCUUCUCCUUCUUCCCUUUGCCUGUGACUGUCCGGGCUCAUCUGACUGGAUGGCUUAUGACCCUGAAAAAGACCUUCGUCCUGGCGCCAAGUUCGGUUCUCCGUAUCGUUGUCCUGAUCAUCAGCCUGGUUGUGCUGCCUUAUAUGGGGGUCCAUGGGGCCACGCUUGGUGUCGGGUCCCUGUUAGCCGGUUUCAUCGGGGAGUCAGCGAUGGUUGCCAUAGCAGCCUGCUAUGUUUACAGACAGCAGAGGAAUAGCGAGAUGUCCAACGAGCUAGUGGUGGAGGCUGACGACUCCGCUCCCAUGAGCCAAGUGAGCUCCCCUAACCAGAUGGACGCCAUCGAGGAACUUCAGGAGGAAGAGGACGCGGAGCAGGAGUGAGCUCCUGCAGCACAGGAAGAGGACCUUGAACUUUGAAGACGGACAGCUCGGCUUUGAGCUGUAGACUAGAAAAGGGUCUGGUUGCAGACUUCCAUGUAUGGACCUGCACACUUUAAAAAAAAAAAACGCACACUGUAAAGAAAGCCAUGCAGCUCCAGUCCAUUGCUGUAAAUACUGUCUUUAGUUAGCCUGUCCUGUUAGCUGGGUGUGUACUCUUCCUCACAUUUUUACCGGUAAACAAGGGAAACCGACACAGGAGACCUCCUCCUCUUUAGCAGCGGGAACAACGAGCCGAAUGGUUGUGGAGUUGCCAAAAAAAACUGAGUUAAAUAUUUCAUGUAACUUUAUAAAGCAGAGACCUUGCUCGGAUUCAAACUCGGACACAAUGUGGAACUUGUUGGGUUGUGCAAUCGUAUUUUACAUACAACGGUGUACAGAUUUUUGCUUUAAUGCAUUGUGUAUAUUUCAUUGCUGCGAGGGGUCAGGAAUCCCUUAUCAAACCACUGUGUGUUAAACAAUACGGUUCUGAUGUUCCUUUUCAAGUGCAGUCUGGGAGUUGGACCCACUUUUUUUUUUUUUAUUUGCCAAGCCUUUUUCCUGCUAGUAUUCAGACUGUCGUAUGUACUGUAUAUACUGUAUAGGCAUUCUUAUUUGCAAAUAAAUGG